AUCCACUUUUUUUCAAAUGCAAUACAGUUGACACUGUAAUACACCUCGUGUAUUCCCCGUCCUCAUCUUCUCUCUCUUUCUCUCUCAUCUUCCAAGAUUAAGUUUCCUCUGAUAGACAUGGUUACCUGUGAUUUCAAUCAACAACCUGUGGGCUUCAAUUCCCUCCCUCUUCUCAAAAAACCACCUUCCUCUAUUCAGCUGGUUAAAGCCUAGGUCAAUGGGAAACCAUUGAGUUGUGAUACAUAAAGUAAUAACAAAAAAAAAAUGAUUGAAAAAAGUGAAAUCACCAAUUGUUAUAUUUUGUUAUCAACUCCUUCUUUAAUAAAUAGCGAUAUUAAUCAUCCACCAUAUGAUUUUGUAGUUGAUAAAAAGGGUUUUGUGUGAACACAAAACUCAUAUUAAUUUCAGUUUAUCUUGUCAUUUACCUAAUCACCAACCAACCAUCAACUAACGAUCAAUUUAACAUCAACCCAAACUCAUCCAACUAUUGACCAGUGCAAAGUGUCUUUACUAUCAAUUGUGAUCUAAUCAACCUCAUCUUGUUUUUGUUUUUGUUUUGUUUUCACUAAUCAAUUGUUUUGGGUUCAUCAAGUUAUCAUGAAGACUCCGAGUUGGAAAAAAUGGUUAAUACUAAUUGUUGGAUUAAUGGAGAAUCUAAUUUUCACUGGAAGCAUUCUCGGUUGGUCUGCAUUGAAUUACAUGCUUAAAGAAGAAGGUGUUUUUGAAAACCUUUGUGAUUUACCCGUAAAUUCAGACAUUCAUAUUCCAAUGAUUCCAAGCAUUUUGCAAAACUAUUCAACAAUUGAAUAUCUUCCCUUUGAAACACACAAUUUAAUGCCACCAUCAACCCAAUCAUCAUUAAUAACAUCAUCAAAUGUUUCAAGCGUCUUUUACACCAACCAAGAUCUGACUGAUAAUUCAACACGCUUAUCAUCAAUAAUAUCUUCUCUGUCAUCAACACCAACGCCAUCAACAUUAACAAUUACAAGCAAAACCUGUGCAACUCAGGAUCGUGUUUUAAAUUUAGCUUUCACUGUUGGAACCUUUUUCAAUGGCUUUACUGCCUUUGUUUGGGGAUUUUUGCUUGACAAAUGGGGCUUGAGAAGGGUUCGUCUCUUGAUCAAUGCGUUUUUAACACUUGGUAGUAUUUUACUUUGUUUCACCUCAAGAGCUCGAUCAUACUUGAUAUUUCCAUCAGUUAUACUUCUAUGCCUCGGUGGCGUUCCUCUUCGAAUUGCCAAUAUGCAAAUAGCCAAUCUAUUUCCAAAACAGCGAUCAUCUGUAAUUACCUUCUAUAGUGGAGCUUUCAGUGCGUCAGCGUUCACUUUUGUCAUUCUUAAAUUUAUGUUUGACGCUGGAUUAUCUUUCUAUUGGACCAGCUUUACCCUUGUACUAUUAAGUCUUGCCAUGUUACCAGCAACCUUUUUCUUAUUACCUUCAACUGUUAUCAAAGAGGAUGAUCUAUCUGGUUCUAAGCUUGCCUUAACCUUUACCGGAAAUCGUAAAUAUUAUGAGAAAAAUAUUACCGGUCCAGUUACAUUAGAAAAAUUUCGUUCCCUGAAAAGUCCUUCAACGGGACGCAAAGUAUUUUCAUCAUUUUCAUCAAACACAUCAUCUCUAUCUCCAUCCAUAGAGAUUCCAAAUAAACUUUCUUCAGGUCUACCCAUUCCUCAAAGGACUACAUAUGAAGCAGAUAAUUUAGCUUAUGUUUCUCAUGGAUCUGACGAUGAUAGUUUAGGUAACCUUUCACACAUUUCAACGACAUCGACUGUUACAACAGGAGCAACGACGCCAACCUCAUCAGUUGAUGGUUCACCUUCAUUAUCUGCGUCAACAGUUACACCAAACCCUAGUGUUUCCCCACCACCAGUUCCAUUGAAAGUUUCACUCUUCUCUUUAGCCUUCCUUCUUCAUCAAUGGUGGUUCUCUUGGCUUAUAACAUACAUGAUUAUGUAUGUUGGAUCCAUGAAUCUUUGGUUAAAUCGUGUUACCCAUGAUGCAGUGGUUGCAGGCAACUUUACUAAAAUUUAUGGUCUCAUUCAAAUACUGUCUCUUGCCAUAGCUCCUUUAGCUGGAUUUUGGAUGGACUAUCAAGUUAAUCAAGCAGAUUUAGUCGCAGAUCCACUAGAAAGGAAAUUAAAACGCAUUAAUUCAGGCUUCUGGCCCAUGAUGUUCACGACAGCAACUUUAGCAGGAAUUUUGGCUUGUCGAUUCUUUAAUACUCCACUUGCCAUUUAUAUAUCGAUACUUUUCAUAACCUUUCUACGUUCUUUCCUCGUCGCUGUUGCCUCAGCUUUCUUAAGAAUAAGGUUUCCUGGUGACCAUUUCGCUCGAUUACUUGGUAUUAUGAGCACCUUUGGAGCAAUUAUCUCAUUAUUACAGUUUCCUCUUUUCAUUUGGGAGGCGAGUUCACCUGAAUGUGCUUUAUGGGUCAAUCUAUUCAAUUGUGUUUGCACUGUUUUGGCGUUUUUAAAUCCCCUUCAUCUUGCAUCAAGAAGACUACAGAAACGGUUGCUGGAAAAGGAAGAAAGACAGUUAAUUCUCGCUCAAAGUUAAUUUUGAACGCUUAUUAAUCACUGGUGAUCAGGGUCCUAAACCAUCAACUUUCAAUAAUCAUUUGAAUUUUCAUUAUUUCAUCUUGUAAUUUAACUAAAGCCAAAACAAUUGUUGACCUCAACCUUUGUUGCUCCUUGUUAAUAUUUAACCCAUUUUGUUUUUCACUAAUCAAAUGGCUAAUAGUAAUUAAACUUGACAAUCUUAAAGGUUUUCAAGGGUUGCUACUUAUUGCAUUGUACUUCCAGUGGCGUGUACAAAGUACGAUGUGUUUGUUUUUUAUAAAUAUUUUGAAAUUUUAACAUUUAUCUAUUUAUUAAUUUCCAAAUUUGAUAUAAAUAUUAAUUGUUAUUUGUAUUGUGCUAAUUAAAAACUUAUUGCCAAAAAAUUAAAAUAAAUCUUAAG